AUGAACCCUAGUCGAUCAUUACAGCGACUAUGUCGCUUCUUCCCUCGUUCUUCUGUCCUUCCGGUCCUGUCGCGGAGCUUCACCAGCUCUGUCCCGUCACUAUCAAAGGGCAGUCCGCCGCGGGGCUGGACUCCCACGCCAUUUGUAACGGAGACAGUAACUUCUAAAGGUACCAAUUCGAGAGUUACACACACCAAACCACCCCCAAAACGACUGCAGACUGACCAAUCUCCCCAGGAACGCAUAAUAUGUCUAAACGGCGAAGUAGACGAAACCAUGUCGGCGUCUAUUGUCGCCCAACUGCUCUUCCUGGAAGCCGAUAACCCCCAGAAGCCAAUCCACUUGUAUAUCAACUCCCCCGGAGGCUCGGUCACAGCAGGCCUUGCCAUCUAUGAUACAAUGACCUAUAUUGCCUCUCCCGUGAGCACCAUUUGCGUCGGCCAGGCCGCGUCCAUGGGCUCCCUUCUUCUUUGCGGCGGGCACCCCGGCAAACGUUACUGCCUGCCCCAUUCGUCGAUCAUGAUACACCAGCCGUCGGGCGGGUACUUUGGACAGGCGACUGACAUUGCUAUUCAUGCGAAGGAGAUCCUGCGGGUUCGGGAGCAGCUCAAUAAGAUUUAUAAGCGUCACUUGACGGGGAAGAAGGAGUUGUCGCUGGAUGAGAUUGAGAAGCUUAUGGAGAGAGACUACUUCAUGGGGGCUCAGGAGGCGUUGGAGAUGGGUAUUGUCGAUGAGAUUCUGGAUCGCAGGGUUAGGUCAAAAGAGGAAAGGGGUGAAGGGGAUGAGAAGCCACCGGCUCCUUAG